AUGAGGAGACAGAUGGUGGACUUCUGGGAAAUUAUAGGUCAAGUGAUACUGACAAGAGAACAAUAUAGGGUAAUGAUGAGUGGGAGCUACAAAGAAGGAUUCAGGCUAGUUGGAUCAGAUAUAGACGCAAUGUUUUGGCCAGACGACCACACAGUAAUAUGGCGCUUAGAUCAGGCUCAGAAUUACGACUUAAGUAGAAAAACCCUGAUUCUCUGUGAUAGUUCGGAAAGCCCACCAGGAUUUGCUUUACUUAAAUUACUGACAACAACACAAAGGGAAUAUUUAGAAAAAGCAUGCAUAAACAUAAAUAGCAGACUCUAUAUAUCAAGUUCCAAAUAUAGACAGUUAAACUGUUCAGCAACAUUGCCUAAUUCUACAGAACAUGGUCCAUGUGGUAGUGGUGUUUAUGGGUUAGUAGAGUAUGACCAUGCCCAAUGUUUAUUCUGUGAUUUUUGGCCCCCACCUGCCUCCAAAUGGAUAGACAGAUGUCACUCAUGGCCCCCAUCUUAUAUUGUUGAUGACAUAGUCAGAAAUGGAUGCCACUUUGUUGCAAUUGGACAAAAACUAGGAAAGCAUGCAGACAAAGAAUGGAGAAUUUCCUUCUCUUUGGCAGAACAAAAACUUGUCUACUCAAUGAACCAUUGUCAAUUCUUGACCUAUGGGUUGCUUAAAUUGUUUUUAAAAGAAUCUAUUAAUAAUGGAAUAAGUGAUGGGAAUAAAUUUCUGUGUUCCUAUCACAUGAAGACAGCAGUUUUCUGGAUGAUUCAACAAAACACAAUGCCUCAGUGGCUUCCACAAAAUCUUCUGCAGUGUUUCUGGCUCUGUUUUAAACUUGUCCUGAAAUGGGUGUAUGAUGGUGUGUGUCCAAACUUUUUUAUUCCCCAAAACAACAUGUUUUUGAGUAAUAUCUAUGGUGAAACACAAAAUAAUUUAUUUAUUAAGCUUCAUAAAUUGUACGAGAAGGGUUUGGAAUCACUCUUUCAAAUUCCAUCUAUCAGGUCCAGUGUACUUCAAAAUCCAAGACGAUCUGUUGGUAUAGAUGAACACAUCCUGAUCUCCAAGGUUUUGCUUGAAAGAGAUCUACUCUAUGAAUUGUUUUCAAAUAAUAUACCAAUACCAGACCUCCACCAGUGCAUGAGGUUCCUCAAAGCUGUAGAAAAACUGAUGAUUUUCCCCCUGACUCGGUACCAAGUUCUCAUGUUACAAAGGAUUACAGCCUCUAUACUUCAGAGGACUGCCUUUAUGUUUUACAAUUUUUUAACCCUUUUUGAACCAUUCAAUGCAUAUCCUAGCUCAAUUGUAAACAAGCAGGUGUAUAUGGCUAAUAAAAUAUCUAGUUAUAUGCUGAAAUUAGCAUCCAAGUUUGGGUGUAUUUCUGAUAUGUUGUAUAUUGCAAUGUUUUACUACAAGACACUUAGAUAUAAAGAAGCUAUAUCCAUUUUAAAGAUGACAAAGGUCAAGUUAGCAAAGCCAUAUGUAAUGUACGUCCUACAUUUACCUAUAGAUGUACUGCAGUACAUGUUCCGUGAGGUCUUAGGGGGACAGUUCUGGUCUGCAAAGAUGAGACAUGCUGUAGCAAUGGAUAUUGUCCUGGAAGAUGAAAUCUGUUACAUAAAUGAAUUAUUGAUAGAACACCAGUCUGGGUUACAGUGUGGAUGCCCUAUAUUACCUAUUCCACUCUAUGUUCUGUUACAUAUGUUAGAGAUCUUGUGUUACAGACAUGUAGACUCAGUGAGAGCACAAACAGCUCUUAAUGACCUACAGGACCUCGUCCACCAUGAUCAGGGAAUGUAUAUACAUCCAAAUCAAAGAGACAUAUCCUGGGAGAUUCUAGGGAUCUGUCAACAGGUUAUAGGGAACCAUCAGGCUGCUCUGUACUCCUACCAACAAUCUCUCAGACAUACAACAAACAAUAUUCAAACUGCUACAUUUAUGAGAAUGCAAGAAAUCAUGGGACACAUGCACAGAAAUCAAUAA